AUGCAAGCUACUACCUCUCCAAAAGAGGAUUCCGGACUAGCCUCGAGAUCUUGGACUCUCGAAGAAGCCAUCGCCCAGCUAGAAGAUGUCGCGUUUCUCCCAAAAGCCCAGAGACAUGUCAAUGUCACAGACGUUGCAAAGACUAUCGCGUCUUUGGCGUACGAAUCUGGCAUAGGCACAGAUCUCCUAGAUAGGCUAGUGACGGUCAUUGUGAAAUCAAAGAACUUGGACCAGACCACGACUACCAACCUUGUUAAAAAUCUAUACCCGUCAGAAAGGGUACAGCUGGGAAUUGUUGCAAAAAUCGCCUGUGCUUUGGGCCCCACCAAGACUAAGCCAUCGCCAGCGACCCAGAAUUUACUGCUGCGGUGGUUGAUCCUAGUUUACGAUGGGCUGGAGGAUCAAUCUUACAUCUCAAAGCUCUAUGCGGUACUUUUUGACAACCUAGAUAUGAUCAGUUUAAGACGCUCGCUUUGUCACAUCUUAUCGCUCGCAACACGCAGGAAACACGUCAAGCCGUUUCGCAUCCAGGCACUCAUGGAACUUAUUCGAAAUACUGGCGAUGAAGAAAAAGAACUUAUGGGAUUAUUACGUGUCUUUAAAAGUUAUUAUCCAGAAAUAAUUGUCGGGGAAACUGGCUCUUUGAGGAGACGAGCAACAUACAUCUUCAAGCAUCCGGAUACAGAGUGGACUGCUCAUAUGCGGGCGCUCCAGGAAAACGCAGCAAAGGCUGCAGCAAACUCCGCGCAAAGGACUUUUCAGGUUGUCAGGCGUGAAGGCGUGAAAAGAAGUCGCAUAGAGGUCGUUAUACCUUCGGUGCAGACAUCCAAAGUACAUCAAGGCUAUGCUUCGUUGGAAGAGCUUCGGAGCGUAAGAGACUUUGUGCAAAAGUUAGAUAAAGUCCAGCUCCCGAAUCAAAUCGCAUCGGCACUUGCGGACCCUUUGGUACAGAAAUACCUAUUAUUGGUUGAAAACACACAAGCCACUCAACGAAUGGAAAGUUGGCUUGCGAGUUUUUUUGAAGACGAGCUCGAUAUCAUAUCUUCUGGGGACAUGGAUACUUCCGAGCAUUUGGAAUACGUUCUUUACUUACUUGUCGGUUAUGCUCGGUUUACCAAGGUAGGCUCGUCGGAUUCUCAAUUAAUCGUCAUCUAG